UAUGGAUAAACCCUGUUAUUUCAUGCAGUUAAGCAUAUUGUUUGGGGCAAGAACUAUAACUCUAGUAAUGUUAAUUCAAGGGCAAUAACUCUACACUUCCUGGUCUUGGAGCGUGCGCGUUAAGCUCUUCCUUUUAUAUUCAACUGUUCCCUGAGUCGGUCACAAAAAAAUCAACUAGAGAAAUAGUCAAGUUUUAUCGUUUUAAUCGGCGAGUUUUAUUACUUUAUACCGGCAUAUUAUUACAAUAUCAUGCUGAGGGUAAGGAACCAAAGGGCAUCUAAGGCGAGAAGCCCAUACGCAUCCGUGCCAAAUGGAACAAAUACAGUUGCCUCGAGUAGUGUAUUGGCACGAGGUCGUCGCGGAAAUCGUCGAGGAGGUCAAGUGAGACAGCCCGUUCCUCCGACACAAGCGACUCCUCCAACACCUGCGGCUCCGACGACACCAGCGACACAGGCGUCAACUGAAGCAGGCCAGGGAAUGUCACGGAGCGGGAUGAUUCCUCACAACAUGCCGCCCAUAGUUAACCCCACCCCUGACGCACCAAGUGCGUUGUCGUCACAUGUUCCCAUGAAUCAAGUGGUCAAGAUUCCGACAGUUGGCUCCUACAGCAGACAAUUUUCCGUGUCAAAUUCCUGCUCCAUUUUGGGAGAUUAUUCAUCAACUAUAGAUCAACUGUUAGAAGCCAGUAUAUCUGAAAACUCAAAUUCAGUUUGGAUCAUUGGCUCAUCUAUUAUUCAUUGGGCACAGAAAUAUGCAGAGACCACAAAUCAGUUAAACCUUGGAUUAAACCACUUUACCAUUAAUUGGAAUGGUAGAAGGGGAAUGGUUUGGGAGUACUUGUAUACAAGUGUGUCAAGUAUGUUAAUAGCUAAUAAACAACCAACUAUUUUGAUAAUUCACUGCGGUGGUAAUAAUAUUGGGGACCCUCAAAAUACCCUAAAAGGUAUUCAAAAAUUCAUGAAACUAACUUUAUCUCAAAAAGCAGACCUCUUGCCAAACACUCUCAUUGUAUGGUCACAUAUAUUACCUAGAAGUAAUUGGAGGCAGUCUUUAUCAACCAUUGAAGGUGAAAACUCUAGGCGUAGAAUAAAUAGUGCCAUUGCAACAUUUGUUUUGAAAAAGCUUAAUGGUGCAUCUAUCAAAUAUCCAGAUAUCAAGAUAACUCAAAAGAGAUUAUUUAGAUUAGAUGGUGUGCAUUUGUCGGAUCUGGGUAACAAUAUAUACAUAAAUUCCCUGAAAAAUGCUAUUGUGCAGUUUGUGACAUCUUCCUCUCGCACCAAUCCUUAAAAUAUACUAGCUGAUAUAUCUCUGGCAAGUCA